AUGGACACAGGAAGCAAUUUUUUGUGGGUUCAAUGCCAAACUUGCACAAGAUGUUUUAAUCAGACUAGUAAAAUUUUUGAUCCUUCGAAGUCGUCUACAUAUGCAAAUUUGUCAUAUGGAACCAAGACGGCUGGAAUUAUUGGAACUGAGAAGCUCACUUUUGAGACCAGUGAUGAGGGUGAAACAACAAUUGAUAAUGUGAUUUUUGGGUGCGGACAUGACAAUGAUGUUAAGAAUGGACAACCUAGUGGAGUACUUGGUUUAGGGCCUGAUAGUAUUUCAUUGGUUUCGAAAUUGGGCUCUAAAUUUUCUUACUGUGUUGGUAGCGUAAGAGACCCUAAGUAUAGUUUUAACCAAUUAAAUCUAGGAGAAGGAGUAAUAAUAGAAGGUGGUUCAACUCCACUAGAAUUGUUCCAUACUUUGUAUUAUGUUACACUUGAAGGAAUUAGUUUAGCAGAAAAUAUGCUCAAAAUUGAUCCACAAGUCUUCAGGAGGACGCCUUCCGGUACCGGCGGAGUUGUUAUUGAUUCAGGAUCAACAAUCACUUACCUUGCUACUGAUGCAUAUGACUCACUAAGUGAUCAAGUAAAGAGUUUGCUAGAUGGGAAGAUGGAACGCAUUAGAGAUAAAGAUGAUCCGAAGAGGCGAAGACAUUAUGCUACAAGGGAGACAUCGAAAGGGAUCUCUCGGGAUGUAUUUUGCAUGGCUGUGCAAGAAUCUGACCUUAAUGGUUUGAGUGUUAUUGGAAUAAUGGCUCAACAAAGCUAUAAUGUUGGCUUUGAUCUUAUUGGGAAGACAAUUUCUUUCCAGAGGAUUGAUUGUGAACUUCUUGAAUCAUAA